AUUAAGCUGACGUGCUAUCCGAUGUAUCCACAUACUCACGUAGACAUGGCGAUUUGUGCGAGCAGCUGCUGUUCUGCUCUGCGCUUGCCGACCGUUUCGUGGUCCACAAUACGCCUUCUCAUUCUGUUUCUUUUCAGUCGUACUCAGGCCACUCGGCUGUACUCCAGCGAGGACCCCGUGACAAUACUGACCAGCGACACAGUGAAAGAAAGCUUACACAACUCUUCGUCUGCCUGGCUGGUCCAGUUUUAUUCGUCGUGGUGUGGUCACUGUAUUCAGUACUCACCGACAUGGAAAGCGCUGGCCGGGGAUGUGAAAGAUUGGGAGCCGGCCAUCCACGUCGGGGUGCUGGACUGUGCCCAUGAGAAGAACUUUGACAUCUGCCGGGAGUUUGGGAUCCACUUCUACCCCACGUUCCGGUACUUCAAAGCACGCGGCAGCACCUUUGAUGUGGGCAAGACGUACAGAGGACCAGAUCGGGAGCUGCAGACAGUGCGCCAGCUGAUGGUGAACUUCCUCCAGAACCACACCAGGGAGGACUGGCCUGUAGGGUGCCCCCCACUGGAGCCCACCAGGUCAGAAAGCAUCCUGUCCCUGCUGGGCCAGAAGUCGGAUCAGUACACAGCCGUCAUCAUCGAGGAUGAGGACUCGUUCGUGGGCCGGGAGGUGAUUUUAGACCUGAUGGUGUACGAGGGGCUGCGGGUGACCAGGGCGCUGAGCUCAGACAAGGCCCUCUUGGAGAAGCUGGGGGUCACAGCUGUGCCUGCCGCCUACCUGCUGCACCCCAACGGAAGCCACUCCCUCGUGGACACGCAGAAGCGUCUGCGUUUCUUCUUCUCCUCCUUCCUGAAGCUGCUUCCUGGGGUGCACAGGAAACAGGCCAAGUCCGGCAAUGACCCAGUGCAUGCUGGGCCAGGGGCAGCCGAGGUGUGGAAGGAGUUUGACAAGUCUAAGGUGUACAUGGUGGAUCUGGAGUCAGGGCUGCAUUACCUGCUGCGUGUGGAGCUGGCUAGCCACCAGACUCUAGAAGGAGAGGAGCUCAAGACCUUCAAGGAUUUUGUUACAGUUGUUGCUAAGCUGUUUCCAGGACGGCCGUCCGUGGUGAAGCUGCUGGAGACCCUGCUGGAGUGGCUGGUGAGCUUGCCUCUGGAGAGGAUCCCCUACAACGCCAUCCUGGACCUCGUCAACAACAAGAUGAGGAUCUCGGGGCUGUUCCUGAGCAGCCAGCUGCAGUGGGUGGGCUGCCAGGGCAGUCUGCCGGGGCUGAGGGGGUACCCCUGCUCCCUGUGGACCCUGUUCCACACCCUCACCGUGCAAGCAGCACAGCGGCCCGACGCCCUGGCCAACACUGGCCUGGAGGAGGACCCCCUGGCGGUGCUGCAGACCAUGCGCAGGUACAUCGGCACAUUCUUCGGCUGCCAGGAGUGCGGGAGGAACCUGGAGGCCAUGGCCAAGGAGUCCCUGUCCCAGGUGCAGUCUCUGGACCAGGCUGUGCUGUGGCUCUGGAGGAAACACAACCAGGUCAACAACAGGCUGGCAGGUACCCUGAGCGAGGACCCCCGCUUCCCCAAGACGCAGUGGCCGACGCCCGACCUCUGCCCGGCCUGCCACGAGGAGCGGGACGGCCUGCACGUGUGGAACGAGGAGCACGUGCUGUUCUUCCUGAAGCGCCACUACGCCAGCGCCAACAUCUCCCCGAAAUACACCAGCAGCGUGUCCCCGGAGCCCGGGCCCCCUGGCGACCAGGCCCCGGCCCCGGCCAGCGCGCGGGACCAGACGCGCCUGGGCGAGGCGCUCUCCCCGAAGGCCCCCGCCGCGCAGGAGAGGCGCCCGCGGCCCCAGGGCCGCACCGGGGAGGCGGGCGUCAGCGGCGCCAAGGAGACGCGUCCGGGCGGGGUGAGCUUCCUGGGCCUGGGCUUCUCCAGCGUGGACAUGAGCCUCUGCGUGCUGCUGUACGCCUCCUCCUGCCUCUUCCUCAUGCUCAUGUUCUUCUUCUUCCGCAUGCGCUCCAAGCGCUGGAAGGUGCGCUACAGCCGCCCGUACGUAUAGCGCCCCGGCGGCCCCUCCCCCACCGCCGACCGGCCUCAAGACUCAGCCGCCGGCGUUCAGCCUCCUUCCUCCGUCCUGUCAGCGCCACGACUCGCAGUGCGCUUCGGUUUGAAGCGGUACGGACGGGAAGCGGUGCGGUGCGGGUCUACCCCGGCUGCGGAAGGGGCACCAGCUCGAAGGGAUUUUUGCCGCGGGGGACAUGGCCGUAAUCGGGGGGACGUUACACGACUGUGACAGGACCGCAGUGUAUUCCGUUUGUUUUGUGCAUUUUUUUACCGUGAAAGUGAAGCGGCGUCUGAUCGCCCCGUUUUCCGGAUCUUUCUCCGGAGGCUUCUGUGCGCUCGCCGGUGAUUCAGCUCAGUUUACUCCAUUUGUAUGUUUCCGCCAUGAAGUCAGAACAGAGUGCACUGCCGCGCCAGCCGCCUCUUACUCCCGUUUAACCGGUCCAACGCUCUGCCGCCCCUAUUCACAACACACACACACACUCCUGGACCGGUCCCGUGUGGCCAUCUGGUAACUCUUACUGUGCGUUUUUUUAUAACUGUUCUUCUCAGAACUGGGAGCCCUCCCAUAAGAGGAAACAUUACCUGGUUUUAACUGAGUUUAAACCAGUCUUGGUUGGCAUUUCAGGCAGUGAAUGAAUUCAGGUCCUCCAUGGAACUACAGAGAAAGCCUGACCGUAGGAUCGAAUGGGACCAUUUUGCCAGUGUGAUACUGUACAAAUACUCGUCAAGUGGACUGUUGUGAGUUUUGGAGGAAAUCGCGGUGACAUUGAUAAUUAUCCUGUGUUAUUCUUCUUCAAAUUAGAUGAGGAUAUAAAAUGGUAUCUUUGUAUUUUUGUAUGCUUGAAAAUGCACACGUAUUUUGGGGAAAUGUUUAAGUGGAUCGUGCUGUGGAGCUGUGGCUUUCACGUUUGUAAAGGUUAAGUAUAAUUGUCAUUUUUCAGUGAUGGAUUAGCAGUUCCCCUCUGCUGGGGCCUGUCGAGUGUGAGGCAGCUGAAAUGAUGACACCAAUAGGAAUAUUUUCUUAACUAUUGUACUUUUCACACCCGUAACGGUCAGAUUUGCCAUUUUAUUUUUCACUUCAUUAUGAAGUGAUUUAAUGCAUUUUAUUUAGCACAUUUUUCUUUUUUUUGGUCUCCUCAUUAUUGUGGUAGACUGUUGAAAGGGCAGAUUGAGCGCUCACUCUGGAAAGAUUGGAGCCUUUCUGGAGUUUUUGGGUCCACUGAAAGCUGCCAAACUGAGCCUUAAUGCUUUGUAUAUCUGGGUGUGGUUUUCUCCAGAUCCUGAUCUUCCCAUUUCUCCAGGUGUCGACUAUGGGCUGGUUUUUCCUAUCGAGCUGUGCCUACAUUAACUACAUCAGAAACACUAAAAAGAAGACGCCGGGUGCUUUGUGGAAAGUCGGCAUCGACAAAAAGUUUUAACGAGUUGGUGCUUAGGCUUGAGCGGUUAUUAUUAUGGUUGUACAGAUGAAUAUAUUAAUAUGUCCAGUCAGUCAACUAAUGCUAAAAAGACUGAAUUGGUCUUUAAUGUGAAAUCUUUACUUUUUAAAUGCCCAGUUGCCUCCUUUCCCAGGGGAAAGGAAGUAGGAUAAAACCAUGAGUCCAGGUGAUGAAAUCGGCUUGCAUCAUGUUGGUUUUGAAAAGGGUGGGAUACUCAGUCCCUCAGGGGGGGAUUUACAAGACAUGUCCAUCAAAAACUUCAGCAUCUGCAUUGUAAACAGGUAGAUAUUUGGUGGUAGAUGGUUUGUAUACCCGUUUACAGCAUCACCAGCGAACAUCGUUUUAAAGAGAGCCUUUGUUGAAAAAAAAAAAAUGGCUCAUUAACAUGCACAAAGGGAUUACAUGUGAUCCAACAACUAGCAUUGCAUUCCAUGGAAUAUUUAUUAAUAUUUAAUAAACAAGUUUAAAGUGUGCUGAAUUAUCGACCGUUAGUUCAGCUAAACGUUAGACUUUCCAACUAUUUUUAUAGGGUGACAGCCUUCAUUAUUAAAUGAAGAUAUGGCUGAACAAAGAGUGUAGUCUGUUUAAAAAGCAACAAAGGAUUCAAAUUAAAAUGUGUAUUUUUUAUUAGUCUCUUUCCCAGUUACUAAGAAACCCCCACUCAAAUGGUUCCUAUCUCCUGAGUUUCUACUGUAUUUAAUCUAAGGUCAGAUACUUGAAGCAGGUAGAGACUUAUACAUCUCAUCACCUCAGUAUAUGAGACUGGAUGUAAAGUUUCUUUUUUGAACAUUUUGGAUCCAGCACAACACAUGGCAACAACCUGGCAAAACGGGUCCCUGUAAAAUCAACAAAAAAAACUGAAAUUGAAACAUUUGAAAAUGGGUUAUUGUGGUUACUGAAUAUUUCAAGGAAAUGAUGUAAUUCAAUCAGUUGAUAUGUCCUGCAUUUGAAUGGUUUUGAGGCAGGUGACAUUUGGAACAAUUUUUACUGGAUUGUUCUGAAUAUUUGGAGCAGACUGUCUGAUUCCAGUAGGAACUGUGUUUGAAACGGCUUCUGCUGGGGGAGGAUGUAUGUGCUGGUCACACUCAAAUGGCCUUUUUCCAGCUGCUGAGUGAUUGUGUUAAAUCACAUCUAUUCCAUCUUUCUGUACAUUUUACAGUCUCAAGGAUGCUAUGUUAGCAUUGUGUUUGUGUAAAUCUCAUAUUUAUUUUUUUGUUCUUUUUUUAUUUUAAAUUGAUGUGCGAUUUCUGCAAUUUGUCUGGAAAAUUAAAUUUAAAAAAUGUGUCAAUUGA